CCCACGAUUCCUUCCCAACCAAACCCCAUCGGCCUCCUCCUCUCGCGCACCCCACCUCUAUCUACCACGACUCCCCUCCUCCCGAUCCACCUUCUGCCCCGCCACCGUCACCCUCCCUUGAUCCACCUUCUUCCCUCGCCGGCGCCGCCCUCCCCCGAUUCACCUUCUUUCCCCGCCGGCGCUGCCCUCCCCCAAUCCACCUUCUCCCCUCGCUGGUGCCGCCCUCUCCCGAUCCAACUUCUUCCCCUGCCGGCGCCAACCCACCCGUAUCCAGCUUCUUCCCCCCACUGGCGUCGCGCCACCCGUGCGCGCCCAUGCUCUUACCCCUCUUCUCCCGCUUCGAUUCCGGCCCCGUCAAGCGACGCGCCGCCGCCGCGACGAGACCCAUAUGGCCGCCGCAACGCCGCCCCACAUCCUCACCUUUUUCACCCCUGGAUCCAAAAAAAGCACAUGGCGCAGUCCCUGCCUCCUCCGCCCUGGAUCCAUGCAGCCCUUGCCUGCUCCACCAUUGGCCGCUGUCCCGUGCAGCACCGCCCUGCCCGACCUCGGCCUGCCCCAUUGCGCCGCCUCCACGAGCUGGCACCCAUCGCUGGAUCCGGUCGCCACGAGCCCCAACGAGGCGCCAGCGGUGGAUCCGGCCGCCACAGCCGAUGCCACCACCGGUCGCUGGCCGUUCACCCCCGAGACCCGAGGGCCUCCUGCAAGCAUGGCGAGGAGAGCACUUCUUGGCCGUUUGCCGGUCCACAUCGUGAGGUUCACCGACCACAUGACUGCAGUGCAGUUGACCCCUUCAUGUGCAGCGAGAUCCCCGCCGCCCUCUCCCGCAAGUGCACGGCCGCCUCCGCCGUAGACAGCGAGAAGAAGCAGCAGAAGCUGUCCGACAUCCAGGCUGACGUGCAGGAGUCUAAAUCGCUGAUGCAGCUCACUUUCGCCAAGUCGUCCGACGAAACAGCGAACUACUUCAUUCCUCCUCUCCGCUAUGAGCAGCACGCGGCCAUCGACGACUCCAUAUGCAGUGCACUUGCAGGCGCCGUCUCUUGCAUCUUCAAAAUUUGUUUGGCAGGCGCCGGUGUUCUGGUUCUAUUACAGCUCAGGACCUUUUUUCUUCAGAUUUUGCCUGUGUGCAGCACUACAGUUUUGAUGUCGUUCGGUGUACCGUUAGUUAGAUAAAAAAAUCUCCUAUGUUGUUCACUUAAGAAAAACCAGAGAAGAAAAGAAAAGAAAACAACUCUGAAACAAAUUAACUUCUUAAGCAGUCCCGCAUCUGCCAUGGAGUAAACGCACUACAACACCCGGACAACUGCGCUGCAUGAAGAUCCUGGGCGAACUGCUCUCCUGGGUGUCCUUCGAAAGCAGCUGACACCUGAUUCAAUAGCAGCCCCGUGCAGUUCAGAAAAAGUUAUCCCUUGCGUGCGUUCACAACAGUUUGAAGUGCAGUGGAUGUGGUUCCUUUAGUGCUACAAUGCAAUUUUGGGUUUGUGUUUCUGUACUUCGCUAUGAUUUAGUAUGUAAAAAUAGGGAAAAGAAAAACCAUGUAAUUCCUUACUCUCGACAACGCAGUAUAGAUUUGACUUGUGUGCGGAUUUGGAA